CAAAAACCGACGUUGCGAACGAUACCUGCCAAAAUUCUUAGCGCCAUGAUUCCUCGGAUACAAGGCGGUGGCCGCGCCGACUCGCUGCGCAAGAUCGACGCGUUCGUCUCGACGUUACCACCCCGCGUCGACAUGCACUCGGAGCUCGGCGUCGACAUCCUUCUCAACGUCUUUUCCGGGUUUGAACCGUCCGGGCCGUACGUGGCUGUCGGGAGUGACCGCGAGUACGAAGCGCUCCAGCUCGCACAGCUGCACGCCGCACUCUCAGAGCCAUCGACGCAGAAAGGCUCGUGGCACACAAAAAUGUCACGGCUCGACGCAGCACUGAUUGACAAGCCAGCCCGCUUGAGCAACAAGCGCGAUAGUUUACAUGCAGUGUACGGCCUCCAUGCGCGGUCGCGCAAGCAGUCGAUACGAGCGCGGCGACAGGGCACCCAGCGCGUCCUCCUCGGUACGAUGGGGGGGUCGUCCAAGAUGGAUCUCAAGGCGCUCGCGGCCGCCGAGGUGCACACGCGCCUCACGGAGCUGUUUGACCUCAGCGCCGGCGCGAACAACGCGGUGCUGGACCGGCACAAGUGCCACGUCAUGAGUAUCUGCAUCGCCAAGCAAAUGGGCAACACCGUGCAGCGGAAGAGCCGCUUCAAAGCGUCAAUGGCAUGGACGCCCGAAGCGGUCGAAGAUCUCCUUUUCGCAGGCGACGACACGAUCGAUGCGCAGCGGUUCUGCGACCGGUUCCUGCUGGCGACCGAGAUGGUGACCGCGUCGAGCACCAACCGCGACCACAUUGCGUUGAUCGACAACAUUUACACGGACGUGGCGUCCGAGAUAGAGAUUGCGGCGACGACCGAGUGUCCGAAACCUGCGCCCACCAAUGCAUCUACGUCGAGUCGGAGCCCCAGACCGCACGAACCCAAGCGCACCGUGCUGCCCAAAGGAGGUCCGAUCAAGCCGAUCGGCAUUGGGCGAGCGUCGCCGCGUAAAGCCACCCACGUGAUCCAAGAGAUUUUGGCACCGACAACCAGCAUGACACCGCGGCAACCGGCAUCCCGUCCCGUGGCCGACAAGAUGCAUGAGGAGCGAACAACGUCCCAGGUCUUGCAGGAACGUCUGGACGCACUACAAGAGAAUCGACGCAGCAUCUUUCAGGCCAACUCAAAACAAGCACAUGGACGACUCAUGUCCAAGGUCAAGCCCCAUCCACCCAGUCUCGACGACGAUGUCGAUCUGCAAGAGUGCAAAGUCAUGACCUUUUCAUUUGGCAAACUCAAAUUAGGACCCACAUCCUAAGUGUUUAGACAGCAAAAUAGUCGUUUGUGGGCUC